AUGAAUUCAUCAUUUGUUCUGUAUGACAUAAAUAAAGCUGCUCUAGAAAAGUUCAUAUCAAUUCAAUCUAAAUCUCUCUCUCAAAAACCAAUUCAUCUGGCAAAAUCACCAGUUGAAGUUGCUGAAAAGGCUUCAACUGUGAUUACAAUGUUACCUGAUUCACCUUUUGUACAAGAAGUAUAUUUGGGUAAAGAUGGAUUAAUUAAUGGAUUGGAUAAUUCAAGUUUUUUCAUUGAUUCUAGUACAAUUGAUCAAAGUGUUUCAAAGGAUGUGGCAAAUCAAAUUAUUAAUAAAGGUGCAAGACAAAUUGAUGCUCCUGUAUCUGGAGGAGUUGUUGGUGCGGAAGCGGCAACUUUAACUUUUAUGGUUGGUGCAGCAUCAGAAGAUGAUUUUAUUAAAGCAAAAUCUUAUUUAAGUCAUAUGGGAAAAAAUAUUGUUCAUUGUGGUAAUCUUGGAUCAGGUCAAAUUGCCAAAAUUUGUAAUAAUAUGUUAUUGGCUAUUUCAAUGAUUGGAUUAUCCGAAACAAUGAAUCUUGGAAUAAAAUUAGGAUUAGAACCAAAAUUAUUAUCGGAAAUAUUAAAUUCUUCAUCAGGACAAUGUUGGUCAAGUGAAAAAUAUAAUCCUUGUCCUGGUGUAAUGUCAAAUGUACCAUCAAGUAGAAAUUAUGAAGGUGGAUUUGGAAAUAAAUUAAUGGCAAAAGAUUUGAGAUUAGCUAUUAACGCUGCUAAUCUCACUCAGGCCACUGUUAUUUUGGCUUCUGUAACACAACAAAUUUAUAAUUUUUUGUCGAAAUCACCUGACUACGAAAGUAAAGACUUUAGCUCAAUAUAUAAGUGGUUAGAUAAAAAUGGGAAAUAA